UGCGUGCAUCUCGCGCAUACACAGUAUUCAUUCGGGUCACGGGUUCCGCUCGAGUGCUUCUGUAGUCCAGGCUGCGUCAGUGGUGUGCAUGCAGCAAGAAUAGAAUCUGCGCCUGCGUUUCCUGCGAUGUUUCACGUCCCGCCCAACUUUGUACGCUUCACAGUUAUCAUCAGUAUCCAGAUCGUCAUCCUGACAUUUGGAUACGGAUUCCUUGGUGCGGUUGCCUACCUUGAGUACCUUGCUCCAUCCGAUUCAGUCUGCGAGUUGAUGAAGAACCAUCCUGGAGAGUUAACAAUGGUCGUCACAUUGAUAGCAACUGUACUAUCGGUCACCGCUGCUACUCUUUUCACGCUCUCAGUCAAAGAGGCACUAAGACAUCGAAUGUGGAAGCCCAUUUCUCUAAUUCAUCUGAGCACUGGUGUCGCUUUGGCACAGGGCUCUCACAUUCUGAAACAUCGAUAUAUAGGAUUGACCUUUUUGACACUGUUCAUCUUUGGGAUGCUGAGGCUCUUAACGGCUGGGUGGACAACUCUCUUGACACCGACCUACUUCAUGUGGCCAGUACAGUUGAAUGGAUCCGAACUUGACAUAACUGGAAGCGCAUUUGCCGCCUUGCUUCGCCAAGAAUUCUUAGCAAAUGGUCUUAUCCAGGACAGUGCUUUCGAAAUCCUCGACGUCGGUGGAAUGCUUAGUGGUGUUACUGCUGCAGGGUUUACCUUUGGUCUUCCUGGGACAUUCAAUUUCAAUGGCGCAGAAUAUAAUGUAUCUACUCGGGGGAUUGUGCCCACCAUUGAGGAGUAUUCCGGCUCGGAUGGAGUUCCGGGUGCCAAUGGUACUCGUCUUGGAUUUUCUGGCGGAAAUGUUACGGUCAACACAGGAGCCGUACCUGGAUCACACCCCAGCGUGCCUAUUCCUCAAGGCUUCAGCAGGAACUAUUCCAUGUCGCAACAAGGGUUAACAGCCAAUGUCAGCUGCCGGGCCAUCGACUCGAGCCAAACGCAGUACCUUUGGGACGCGAACAACUCUUACGUCAUCUAUGCCAACGCAGCUGCUUCAAGUUCGAACAAUAUCAUCACCGGUCUCCGCUUGUGGAAUAUCAGUACCAACUGUGGUACCAAUGCGCUGACAACGUACCAAUAUGUGACCAUGGUCGAUGCAAAUGGAAAUACGAACUCAUCAGGGAGUGGCUUCCUUCCGUCUGUUGUGUGCCAAGGACCAAUGAAUGUGAACCAAACUUAUACAAACUUCACCAUUCUUACACAGGGGUUUUACAAGUAUGGGUUCCUUAAAGCAAGCGUGUGCGAUGUGGUUCCCCUGUUGACCACAGUCCGCGCCGAUUAUUCCAACGAACAAAUUUCUUCGGAGGUGAUCUCAUACACUCCUGUCCAGCUAGAGAAUGUUGAGCUACUGUCGUUUAUCGCUGGAGUUGCCAGGUUUCAGUCGAUCAACUCGCAGGGACUUACGAGUAGCACGAUUGGGGAUACCUUGUACUCCGUCUAUUCCUCGACUACUAUCGGAUACAUCAAUAACAAUCUCAAUGACACGCAGGUUUACCUUGAGCUCGAGGAUUACUGGCGUGGUGUUGUCGAAUUUUCCGCUACGUUCCUUCGCUCUGGGUUCAUGGCCACAGGUAGCUUCCUAAAUAAUGAGAUCCCGAACAACCUCUCUUCCCAAGUUACUGGGACCAUGUUCAUAUCGACAAUUGGCUGGACUCGCUGGCCUAAGAAUUCCCCGACAUAUCUGCUCGCUACACUUCCGCUCACCAUUAUCACUACCCUCACUUUAUUCUCCGCGUUGUACAGUAUUCUGGAGGCUUGGAAAGAGCAUCAUGGAUAUCGCGGUCACCACAGGGCCCACUUCGACGUGUCAAACACUCUUCAUCUUAUCAUGGCAUGCGCUGCUGGGAGUCUCCCACUCAAAGAUUUCGGCAGGAAAGGAAUUGUCAACAACGAGGGCGUGAAGGUGCAGCUGAAGGAGAAUGGUAACAAGAAGAUGUUUGUGAUACCCGAUCAACCGUAUUCGUUUGUGUCGAAGGAAGAGCUGGUGUGAUUUUAGGUAUCAUUGCGCUAUGGCAGUCGUCACCUGAGACAUGGUCAGAAAAGGUCUAUGGACAAAUGCG